CGGGGCCUACUAACGGGGGUCUCACAUCGCCCAGCCAUAGCUAUACCUCUCUAUCUAUUUGGGGCUGCGGGUAGAAUGGUGAACAAAAUAAAACAAACGGGGGGUUUUGGCUCCAAGAGGGAGGAGGAAAUGAGUGGCGGUCUACGUCAUCAACCCGCGACCGAACGUCCGAGGAGGUUGGAGCUGCCUGUCGCCGGGGAGUGAGCAUGCGCAGACGCGGGGCCCCAGGCUGCGAUGGCGGAAGGAAACGGGUUUGGAGCGCUGAGAAGGAAUACGCAGCCAUAGUUCCCUCAAGUUUUGGAAGAAGUAGCCGUUUAUCUCCUUGUAAGAUGAGUAGCAGUUCUUCCUCAAGAGUAGACAGAGUUCAUCAGACUUUGAAAAAGAUCUUUGGAUUUGACUCUUUCAAAACCCCGCUACAGCAGAGUGCAACCUUAACUGUGGUGAAAGGGGAGAAGGAUGUCUUCAUAUGCAUGCCCACUGGGGCAGGGAAAUCCCUGUGUUACCAGCUUCCUGCAGUCAUUGCAACAGGCAUCACCAUUGUUGUUUCACCUUUAAUUGCACUGAUUCAGGAUCAAGUGGAUCAUUUACUCUCACUAAAAGUCAGAGUAAACUCUCUUAACUCCAAGAUCUCUGCUCAGGAGAAAAAGACCAUCCUAACAGAUUUGGCAAGUGACAGACCUCAGACAAAGCUCUUGUACAUCACACCAGAGAUGGCAGCUUCCUCCUCCUUUCAACCCACCUUGGAGGUUUUGGUGUCUCGCAACCUUCUCUCCUACCUGAUAGUUGAUGAGGCUCACUGUGUUUCGCAGUGGGGACAUGACUUCCGACCAGAUUACUUGCGGCUUGGCUCCUUGCGUUGUCGCAUACCCAACACACCGUGCAUAGCCCUCACUGCCACAGCUACUAAGCGUGUUCAGGAUGAUAUCAUAGCAUCACUUAAACUAAAGCUCCCUGUUGUCACUUUCAAGACACCAUGCUUCAGGCCCAAUCUGUUCUAUGAUGUGCAGUUUAAAGAGCUCUUAAAAGAUCCUUAUGAAAACCUGAAGGAUUUCUGUCUGAAGUCUCUUGGGAACCCGAAUGUUUCAGGGGCUUACUCUGGCUGUGGAAUUAUCUACUGCAGGAUGAGAGAAGUCUGUGAACAGGUGGCUAUCGAGCUGAGCUACAGAGGGUUGAAAGCCAAGGCAUAUCAUGCAGGCCUCAAGGCAGCCGAAAGGACGUCAGUUCAGAAUGAAUGGAUGGAGGAGAAAGUUCCAAUUAUUGUUGCAACUAUCAGUUUUGGAAUGGGAGUUGACAAAGCUAAUGUCAGAUUUGUUGCACAUUGGAAUAUACCUAAGUCUAUGGCUGGGUACUACCAAGAGUCUGGAAGGGCUGGGAGAGAUGGAAAGCCAUCCAGUUGUCGCCUCUAUUACUCUAGAACUGACAGGGAUCAAGUAACCUUCCUUAUUAAGAAAGAAAUUGCAACACUCCAGGAAAAACGAGGCACCUUGAAGGAAUCAGAUAAAGCUAUGAUGACAGACUUCGAUGCUGUGGUGGCCUUCUCUGAAGAGCUGAGGUGCACCAUCCUGGUCAAACUCCCCACUUGAUGUUGUUCCUGGAGCGGGUUGCAUGUGGCCUGUGUCAGAUGCUUGGAGCCAGAAGCAAGAGCCCUUGCUGACACUACUAGCAUACACUAGCACUGUCGUCACACAAAGUACGUGAACCCAGACUGGGGUUAGGAUUACUAUAGGACAGGUGUGUGAUCUUGAAGCUGAAGAAAGGGUGAACUAUGAGUAUUAGAACACUCAUCCUCCAUUCACACCUGAAUAGAAGCAAUCAUAUAAUCUCACUCUGAUGCCAUCCAUUGCAGUUGCCCCUCCGUUUUCAAGGACUUGAGAUCUGCGGUUUUGAUUAUUCAUGGAGGGGUGACCUUCAUUAAAGUUAAUGGUGC